AUGACAAAGCGGAAGCGGGUUUGGGCCGAUGAGGCGCCGGACGCCAUGCCGAAUGCGAAUUCGUCUGUUGAGCUCCCGGAUGCGAAAGACCCCGGGGUGUUGGAUGUUUUGCCGGGGAUCACCCGCAAGAUCACUGCCUGUGGAGCCUGUAGGAAGCAAAAAAUCAAAUGUGAUAUGACUAAGGGACCACCAUGCACUCGAUGUCGUCGACGAAACUUGUCAUGUGUGUUGAAUAAGAGUCUACAAUCAUUGGUGGAAGAGGUGAAGUAUGUUGAGAUCUUGCAAAUAUCUAUAUCACUAUUGACACUUAUCAGGAACACUGAGCACCUUCAAACCGAUAUUUGCGGGAUCCAUGAGGUCCUGGGAAACAUCUGUCAACAUCUCAACCUGCCUUUGCCAAGGGCACUUGUGUCGUCUAGUGAUGCACCCCAAAGCGAAAGCAAAGCCGACCAGAACGACGAACAAGAACGCGAUGCCGAGGAUCUCGAUGGUUGUGAGAUAUCUCCGCCCGAUACUCCCUCUGGUGUUCAAGCACCUAUCGAUACGUACUUGGAUAUAGCCAAACUUGGAAGCCCUGGAUCAUCAGCCAAUACUCCCCCGAGCGUCACACGUCAAAGACAAAAUUUACCCCAGGACCUGAUGACCAAAGGUGUGAUAAGCUCAAGCGUAGCGGAAACCCUUGUCGAGCGAUAUUACACCCGACUAGACCCGUAUUUGUAUGGGAUUUGCAGUGGCUAUCGCAGUGUUCAGCAAAUCAGAACAACAUCACCAUUACUAUUUGCCGCCGUCUGUACAGUCUCAGCAUUACAAGAUCCACAAGGCCAAUCGCUAUACGAAGCAUGCAAUCGCGAGUUCCGAAGACUUAUGUCGCGAUCGCUAUUUGAGAAACACGAUCUGGAACAUGUUCGCGCCCUAUGUAUAAGUUCAUUUUGGCUUUCCGAUGCCUCAAGAAUUUUAUCCAGCGAUGCUAUCCGUCGUGCAGCGGAUAUGCGAUUACAUCGCAGCUUUGAUCAUCUCUCUAACCCAGGUGCUUUCCGAACAACGCCAACCCAGACUUCCACUUCACCGAUUCCGACGCAUAACGAUACCAUCACAGUGAAAGAUCGCGUGAGACUGUGGUACCUUAUUUUCAUCGCCGACCAACAUCUUUCCAUUCUUCACAAUCGCGACCCUCUUCUUCGCAGUGACAAGGAAAUUGCAUUGAGCUGGGAAACCUUUCUAGCCCGCGAUGAUACCACCGACUCUGAUAUCCGACUUAUCUCACAGGUUGCACUUCUGGUCAUCAUGAGCCAAAUUCGCGACCUACUAGGCUCAGAUCAGGAGGCGCGUGUGCCACAAUCACUAUCGAACCAGAUAAUACAUUAUUCCCGCCAACUAGAUCGAUGGUUCAAUAAGUUCUCCGCAAUCUUCAAGCCAGAUCCAUAUAUCGGCGAUUUCCCCAAACGCGGUCUACAGCUUCACUAUCAUUUCGGAAAACUGUACCUUGGACAUCAGGUCUUCAAAGGGUUGAAUGGGGAGGCGAUUCCUCCACAUUUUCUGACCGCAGCUAGCAUGGCUCAUGAAGCAGCUAUCGCAAUUUUUGAAAUGAUUCACGAAGAGAAUAUUCAACACAGCCUUGUUGGAAUGCCGCAUUACUUCCACAUCAUGAUAGCAUUUGCGGGCCAUUUUUUGUUAGAGGUCACGAAGAACUAUCACACUCAGCUGUCGAUCGUACCCAGUCAGGACUUUGAGUUGAUUCGCAAGGUAUUGGGACUGUUCCAGGCUACGCCUAGCGUUCAGCAGCAUCCCAUUUGUCGUAUGACACCUGGUCUUACACGGAAACUACAUGAAUGUGUUUUAUCGCUACAGAGAGAUGGGGAAGAGAUGCUUCCUCCACUCCUGAUAGCGGCUGAUGCGAUGGGCUACCAACCCAAUAUGCAAGGCGACAUGCAUGCUUCAGGAUCCUUUCCAUUUCCUGGAGAAUCGCUCGUAACCCCUGUAGAUGACUUUUUAUUAGCCGACUUUGGGGAAUUUACGUUCCCGGGGAUGAUGCCUAAUAGUAUGACUUAG